AUGAAGAUCUUUGUGAGUUUUACGCUGUGGCUGCUGCUCGGCUGCGUCUCCGCAAAUGAAAGGGUUGAAAGCCAGCUGACUUUUCCUCAAGACAUCUACACUGCGCUGAGAGAGAUGACCGCUUCGUUGGUUCAACUGAAGGCGGACAUGACGCUGCAGACUCAAGAACAAGUACAGCUGAAGACUGAAGUGGAGAAUCUGAAGCAACAACAGAGAGAACAAGCAGCACAGCAGAAGACUGAAGUGGACGAGCUGAAGCGACAACAGAUAGUCCGACAGGUUGCAUUCACAGCCUCACUGGUGGUUGCAGGUGAAACAACUUUAGGACCCUUUCCCUCGGACACUACCCUGAUCUACAAACACGUGCCCACCAACAUUGGAAAUGCCUACAACUCAAACACAGGUGUGUUCACUGCCCCGGUGAGAGGAGCGUACAACUUUGAGUGGUCGGUCGGUGCACGUGGAGAUGGCAGCCACGGUUCAGGUGCUUGGUUGGUCAAGAACUCCGAGAAUGUUUUCAUGGCAUGGGAGCGACAGAUUCAAUAUCAUGGGACUGCUUCUAAAGGCGUUACGCUGCUCCUGGAGGUGGGAGACGUCGUGUUUGUGCGUCUGGUGGCUAACACUUUGGCGUUUGACGACAAAGAUCACCACGCCACCUUCAGUGGGCAUCUGCUGUUCCCCAUGUGAGACAGAAACAGCAGCUCUGUGAUAGUUACGCAGGAUUUUGUUGUCUUAAACAAGUCUUCAUAGCACUUCAUAGAUUUUCUCUGAUUUCAUCUGCAUCCAAAUAUUAAUGAGUAACUAGAAAAUGCGUGGGAAUGCUGAACAGCUGAAUUGCUAAAGCUAACUGGUUGAAUAGCUUAAAUACGUAAAAUGAAGAUGAAGUAGUGAAAAUAGUUGAAAAAGUAGGAAUGGUUUUAAUUAACUUAAAUUUCAUAUCAUAGUACCACUAAUGUACAAAAUAUGUGGAAUAAUUCCAAGUUUUUUUGAAAAGCUUAUGUUAAAGCUAAACUGGAUUGCUGGUAAAAAUGUAUAAGAAAAAGGUGAAGUUGUCAGACAGACGGACGGACGGACAGAGGAAAGAGGAAAGAGAGAGGACAGAGAAAGAGGACAGAUAACAGAGAAAGAGAACAGAAAGAGAAAGAAGACAGAGAAAGAGGACAGAGAACAGAAAGAGGAA